ACUUUAUAUUUUAUUAUUUUAUUAUACAAAUAAACCCAAAUUCAAAAUCAAGAACGUUAGGGCGCGUUCAUAGAUCCAAACACCCGCUUAAAUCUUAACCUCCUUCGCUCCCCCCUCCACGUUGUCCCCGCCCAUUUUACAGUCGACUUCGAAGUUCAAAUCUCUCUCUCGCCUCUCUCAUGGAUGCUGAUGACGAUAUGACCGAAGAACAAAGGAAUCGAGCCGAAGCCAACCGCCUGACUGCCCUCGCCAGGCGUAAGGCCGCCGCAGCCACCGGCACCGUGCACGACCCAUGGGGGCUAUUCAAAUGCCGCAAGAUCUCUCGUAAACUUCCCGCUUUCCCCGAACCUCAAACUCCACUAUACGAUUCCUUUCCCAAGCCCGAAACCCCUUUGGCCCAGAAGUUUCGGGCGUGGCUUGAAAUUUGCUCCCCUGAUUCUUUCUCCGUCACUCCUGUUGCGGCCCAGGGUUUCGUGUAUCCAGGUGAAAACGAGUGCUUGGCGAAACUCCGCGAUUGCCUCUCCGAUGUGCUGGCUUCUCACUACACUCAAAAUCAUGGUGGGGAAAUGGCUUGUGUUUAUAAACUUAGAGACUAUGAUAAGGUUGUUAGAAGUUUAAAGAAAUCCAAAGGCAUUGAGGUUGAAGAGAUACCUUGGGGAACAUUUAAUGUCGUUGAGAAGCUUUCACAUUCCUAUAUUGAGGGGCGGUGGAUCCCAUGUAGGCCUGAACACUUGCCUAGUGAUAAAGUUGAUGAAUUAAUUGAGAAUCUUCCAAGAUCCUUGGUAGAUGUACUCAUGCCUUUUCAACUUGAUGGCGUCAAAUUUGGGUUACAGAGGGGUGGUCGGUGUCUCAUUGCAGAUGAAAUGGGGUUAGGGAAGACACUCCAGGCCAUUGCUAUAGCAAGUUGUUUCAUGAAUGAAGGUUCUAUGCUUGUUGUUUGUCCGGCUAUUCUGCGAUUUUCAUGGGCAGAAGAACUGGAGCGUUGGCUGCCCUUGUGUUUACCUGCAGAUAUCCAUCUUGUUUUUAAUCAUCGCGAUAAUCCUGCCAAUUUAAUGAAAUGUCCAAGAAUUGUGAUUACUUCAUAUACAAUGCUUCAUCAUUUGCGGAAAAGCAUGCUUGAGUUGGAAUGGGCAAUAUUGAUAGUUGACGAAUCUCAUCAUGUACGAUGCACAAAGAAAAUGACGGAAUCAGAGGAGAUCAAAGUUGUACUUGAUUUGGCAUCCAAGGUCAAACGCAUAAUUCUGUUAUCAGGGACACCUUCUUUGUCAAGGCCUUAUGACAUUUUCCAUCAAAUAAAUAUGUUAUGGCCUGGUUUACUGGGAAAGAAUAAAUACGAGUUUGCAAAAACUUAUUGUGAUGUCAAAUUUGCCCGGGCUUCUCGAGAGAAAAUUUUCCAGGAUUUCUCAAAGGGUAUUCGUUUGGAGGAGUUGAAUGUGUUACUUAAGCAAACUGUUAUGAUACGGCGUUUGAAGGAGCAUGUGCUAGUGCAAUUACCACCCAAGCAUCGAAAAAUUAUAACAUUGCCAGUGAAGAGAUCAGAUGUUGUUUCAGCUAUGGCUGCAAUUGGGACACUCAAUUCCUUUGCUUUAUGUCAACAUAUUAAUAAAGAGAAAGGAUCUGUUGGAAGUGGUCAUUGUGUUGCAUGUGCUCAAAAAAUCUCUGAAGCACUUGGCUUUGCAAAGCUAUCUGGGUUUUGUGAGUGGCUUUCUUUUCAUCCAGUUAGUGCAGAGUGGGAUGCGAACUUGGAUAUCAACCGUCCUCAGAAAAUGAUAAUUUUUGCUCAUCACCAUAAUGUUCUUAAUGGAGUACAGGAGAUCCUAUGUAAGAAAGGAAUCGGCUUUGUCCGCAUUGAUGGGAAGACACCUGAAAGAGAUAGGCAUUCUGCUAUAGUCUCGUUCCAGUCAUCAAUAGAGGUAAAGAUUGCAAUAAUUGGUGUCACUGCAGCCUGCCAAGGACUCAAUUUGACAAUCGCUCAGCAUGUUGUCUUUUUGGAACUACCCCAGAUGCCAUCUAUAUUGUCUCAGGGUGAGGACAGAGCUCAUAGGCUAGGGCAAACCAGCUCUGUAAACAUAUACAUCUUCUGCGCAAAGGGUAGUUUAGAUGAAUCACGCUGGCAGAAUUUGAACGAGAGCUUGCGCCGCGUUUCAUCUACAACUAAUGGAAAGUAUGACGCAAUACAGGAAAUAGAGGUUGAAGAUGUUUCUUACUUUGAAACAUCUGAUGCAUUUGAUGCAGGCCAUGAACAGGGCUUAGAGAAUUCUGCAUUCAGUGAGCUCUAUUCUGAGCAAAUGAAUUUGCUGAAUAAUGGUUUAGAUCAGGAUAAGCAUUUUGUUCAAGCAUAUGAUAAAACACUUGAAAAGUUUCAGAAUGAAAAGACUGGUACGGCUUCUGAUCUGGAAAUGGAGAAAGAUUUUUUUUCAAACAGAGACAUGGGAGGAAAUUUGCCAGAAGAAAUUGGAAGCCCUGGUAAAAUUUUCUCAUGUAAUUUGAACAAGGAUAGCAAACAGCAGGGUCAAUUUAAAAUGGAAGGGAGUAUCUUCCUCAAAGGGACAGAAGCAGAAAAUGGGGGACCUUUUCAGGAAAUUGAAGCGGAUGAAAGUUACUCCAACCAAGUGAAUUCCCUGCGAUUUGAGGUGAGUCAACAUACAGGAAGGAUCCACUUGUAUUCUUGCAUUCCUGGGACAGAUUCAAGACCAAGGCCACUUUUUCAGAAUUUCCAGCCAGAGGAAUUUGAUUCACUGAGUGCUACUGCAGCAGUAAACAGGAAAACCAAUUUCCAUUUUAUUAAAGAAAGUCCAUCAUAUAGGCAUGCUGUUCUGGCAUUCAUUAAUGACUGGAACAAUUUAAAACCUAUCGAACGAAAAAGAUUGCUUGGAAAACCUCUACAACUUCCUCUAGCUGUUGAGUUGUGCUACUUGGAAGAAAGUAUUAACCAUAACAAGAAGGGAUUGCUGAAUGGUGGAAGCAAGCGACGCACUACACCUCUUUGUGAAGUAAGCUGUCCAUUACCAUCAAAUGCUGUGUGGAGGAAAGUCCAUCUCUGCGGUGGCUAUAAGAGAAAGGAGAAUGAAUACACACAGGGUUGGACCUUGACUGAUGAACCUCUCUGUAAACUUUGCCAAAAACUGUGCACGAGCAAUAAUGCGAAGACACCUGAAUUUUUCGAGGAUCUCUUUUGUAAUUUGAGCUGUUACGAAGAAUACCGCCUAAGAACGAGUAAUAAAUUUCUUCGUCAGGAACUUUUCGAAAUUGAACAUGGUGUUUGCACAAUUUGCCAAUUAGAUUGCCACAAACUUGUGCAAUACAUAAAACCUUUAUCAUUGGGAAGUCGACAAGAGUACAUUCAGAAAAUAGCACCAAAUAUUGCAAAGCAGAAGAAAUUGCUUGACAAGCUUGUCAAUUGCCCAAUUGAGGGCAACGCAUGGCAUGCUGACCACAUUGUUCCUGUUUACCGUGGGGGAGGUGAAUGCAGGCUAGAGAACUUGAGGACUUUGUGCGUGGCGUGUCAUUCUGAUGUUACCGCAACUCAGUGUGCUGAAAGGCGUGCAAUAAAAUCGCAAGCUAAGAAACAACUUGAAGUCAUCAUAAGUGACAUGAGAAGUGGUCAAACAAAAAUCAAAGGAGAAACUGAUGCUAAUUUAAAGGACAAGGAACACUUGAGUUUGAAAGAGAACAAAGUUGAGUGUGAGCUUUUAAUCAACAUUCCAGGAAGUGCAUACACAGAAAGGAAAUGCACAGGCAGUAAAAGUGAAGACUUGGAUAAGCAAUGCUGAAUAACUUCAUCCAGAAAGCAGCUUCUAAUCCAUCUGUCCGUCGUUGUUGCUUGUAACUCAAAUUUUUUUAUUGUGUACUCAAUUCCAUGAAAUUUACUAAUCAACAUUCCAGGAAGAGCAUACUCAGAAAGGAAAUGCACAGGCAGUAAAAGUGAAGACUUGGAUAAACGAUGCUGAAUAACUUCAUCCAGAAAGCAGCUUCUAAUCCAUCUGUCCGUCUUUGUUGCUUGGAUAAACAAUGCUGAAUAAAUUCCAUGAAAUUUACACAAUGUAUUAUAUAGAAGCACAUGAUUCUCAAGGAGAAGAGAAAUGUCUUCAUUCUUGUGACACUAUAUGAAUACGAUACUGUUGGCAUCAGGCUGGCUGCUUGGGAAUGGAACCUCUUUCUAGCUCUUGCUAAAUUUGGUUUUGACACAGCAUGGCUUAUGAUUUUCUAUUUGAAAUGAAGCCCACAGGGGCAUUAUACU